UUUCAACGCAAGCAUAUACUCUAUUAGAUGCGGUCAUUUCUUCAAAGGAACACAACAAAAGAUUGCACAAUGGUGCACUUGGUCAUCCUACUGAGUUGACUACAUGUAUAAAUGUAUUGAAAUCCUAACCAGCAUUAUUAAAUGCUGCUUUUUUUUUUUUUUUUUUUUUGCAUUUUAUUACUUUAAAACUGAAGCAGGGGAGAAAGGAUUGUUUUACAGAUAACAACAAACAAGGUUGUAAAAUGGAAUUUAUGUGAAAAGUUUAGUUAUUUUAGUCACUAUUUCAUCACGAUGGAAAUGUACAUAAGAACGAAAUUAUCAUUUAAUGUCUGCUUUAAAAUUUUAUGUUUGAUGUUGAUAAAUGAUAGAAGACAAUAUUAUCUAAAUCAGCAGGUUUUCUUGUUUAAUAUGUUUAAUCAAAUGUAACUUACAUAAUAAAUAUAAUUGACUGAUUCACCGAUCAAUUUACGUAAAAAAAAAAAAAAAAAAAAUUGUCUGAUGUUGAAUGGCAGCGGCAAGCGACGUGAAGGAAUGUCAUCUCUCUCUCUCUCUCUCUCUCUUUCACCCUGCCUGACUCCCUCUCACUUUCUCUCUCCCUCAUCAAAGUGAUGGAAAGAUCUUAUGAGAGUCAGGGGUAGGUGGUCAGUGGUUUCGUGUUGUCAUUGACCGCGCACGAGACGUAUCUGCCGAGACAGACAAUACGCGCGCGCUGGCCAGAAACUUAUUCCCUGAAUAAUUAAAGCUCGGGAGAAGUCGACGGAGGACGUUGCAUUGCUUCGUAUAGGAAAAAAAAAAAAAAAAAGAAUACUCACCUCAACUGGAGCAAAAUAUUGAGCGUGCAGGUUUUUUCAGGUGCUACUUUAUCUUCAGUUUCAUAAACUCCGAUUUUAUUUUCUUAACCCUGCAUUCAAUUUAAAAAGAAAUAGGCUACAAUACAAUCUGUAUUAUCUGAUAUAGGCAUUAUUAGGUUUUUUUAUUUUUUUUUUAUACAUAAAUCUUAUAUAAAUAAUAUACAUUUGUAUAAAUUACUUUUAGUUUUCUGAAGGUGUUAAGAAUAAAUGACUUAUCCAUUCGCAUACGCUAAUGGAUGAAAUGUGGAUUAACUACUCGACCCGCAGUGAAACGAAUGGAUGGAGAGGCGUGUUGUAAAUUGGAGUUUCAGGUGUCAAGCUGGAAAAAGGGCAAACUCUAAUUGGCUAGAAAAUCAUUUAUGCUGGCGGGAGGAGUCCUCCCUUGGCCUCUGCCUCAUAUACUACUCUUUUGCACUCUGGUUUACUCCUAGUUGCUAGUGUACCUGUGGCGAUCAUCCCGAAGCUUAUCAUCGUAGGCACGAGUAGCCUACCUUUUGAACUGUAGGCGCGUGUCAUGGAGUUGGAGUGACGAGAUAAGGACGGAUACUCUUCUUGGACUAUUUUUUUUUACAGCCUCUGCUUUUCUCCCAACUUACAGGAUUUGUUUCAAACAUUUUCUUAAGAGCUACAUCAGUUCAUACCAACACAUACAGAUGAGGUAAUCGGCUGUGGCAUUUGUGUGGUAUUUGCACGCGCGAGAUUUUUAUCUUUGAGGGCAUCGCUCGCGCGCAUCCCCUUGAAAGCGGGGAGGUGUCACACCGCUGCCAGUGACUCUCAAACAGCUCAAGUCACACGCGUCAGACACGCGAACUCCUGACUUAGGCUAAUAUUAUAUAGUCAUUUACGUUCACGCUGUCAUAGCUGUACUUAAUCAUUUAGGCUUAUAUUUAAGAUAUUCAAGAAAACAACACUUGGGGAAAACACGCUGGAUAAACUUGGAAUAACUUUUUUAACCGCACAGCAACAUUUGCAUUUCUGUCAUACGGGAAAGCAUCAUAAGAUGAUGGAGUUCCCUGCGGAGCCCCGGUGGAUGAUGCAUGCUCAUCAUUCAGCCUUAAUGGGUACCUCAGAUUCGGUGUCUCCGCACUCUGGUUUAGGACAUCACAGUUCGGGAUAUAUGGAGCAAGGUGCCCCAUUAUUACCACCAGAUGAGGUAGAUGUAUUUCUCAGUCAUUUAGACUCUCAAGGAAACCCCUAUUAUCACACACACGGGUCCCACUCUCAUACUCGUGCACGAAUGUCUUACAGUCAAACGCAUGCACGGCUUACGGGUGGCUCAAUGUGUCGACCUCACCUUAUCCACACCCAAGGUCUUUCCUUAAUGGACAACAGCAAAUCGACUUUUUCGGCCGCCCAGCACCACAGCGCAUGGACAGUCAACCACCUGGGCAAAACGGUUCUGCAUUCAGCAGGCGCCGAAAACUCAAACGGCAUAUACACGAGCACAGGUACACCUGCCCCAGGUUCGAUGCAGUGCCUGUCAAUGACGCAACACUGCAGUCCUCAACUCUACUGCCUACCCCCUACUCCACCCAAAGAUGCGUCCCCUGACCCUGCGUGUGCUGCUGUGAGGGACGCUGGGAAGUACCAUCUCCAUCUUGUCGACGGGAUGAAGAUGGAGUGCUCCAGUCCAAUCCGUAGCAAUCUCGCGCAAACUACAACUCAUAUCCCUUCAUAUUCCGAUUACGCUUUAGCUGGAGCGCACGAGUACCCCGGCAGUGUGUUUCAUUCCAGAAGUCUUCUCGGCAGCAGCGCGAGCAACAUGACGUCAAAAUGCAAAAGCAAAAGCCGCGCUUUCUCAGGCCGUGAAUGUGUGAAUUGUGGAGCUACAUCAACUCCUCUGUGGCGGAGAGAUGGAACAGGUCAUUAUCUGUGUAAUGCAUGUGGACUCUAUCACAAGAUGAACGGCCAGAACCGACCACUCAUCAGACCCAAGCGCCGACUGUCAGCAUCUAGACGAGCAGGCACCUGUUGUGCCAACUGUCAGACAGGGACCACCACACUUUGGAGACGUAAUGCCAAUGGAGAACCCGUCUGUAAUGCCUGCGGUCUAUACUACAAACUACACAAUGUGAACCGUCCACUUACUAUGAAGAAAGAAGGGAUUCAGACACGCAAUAGGAAAAUGUCAGGCAAACCUAAGAAGAGGAGAGGAGAGCACUUUCAGCAAUUUGACAGUUGUGUGCAUGACAAACAAUCCACCUUCAGCCACAUGGCCAACAUGCCCCACCCCUUCAAUAUGACUCCACCCAUACAGUUACAUCCUGCAUUCAGUCACAGCAGCUUAGUCACUGCUAUAGGCUGAGAGACACCUGUAGAACAUACCAAACUUAAUGAACACAUUAACUGCAUUCUUCAGUUUGAAUGUUCAGGUGAAGGACAUUUCAUUAAUGUUUUAGGCUUAAGUUCAAAUGUUCUUUAUGCAAAUCAUUAAAUCCUAUUUGGGCUUGAUUUAAAAAGUUGCACUUUAUUUUGUGGAUUUUUGAAAUGUAUUUUAAGCCAACAUAGAAUCUGAUUGUAGUACACCAAAGUUUUAAUUAAUUAGCCAUUUCUCAUUAAUAAUAAAUAUCCCCUAUUUAUUCAAAUAUAAUCACAAGUACAACAACUUUUAUGGCCGAUUAUGUCAUCUAUACCCACUGCACUGUAUCUUAUGUAACUGUGAAGGAAGAAGAAGCCCUGCGUUAUAAAGAUCAUAAUAUAAAUACAUUUUCUAAACCAUUUCUAAUUAUAUAAUUAUUUCUUUAAUUUAUUUUUUCUUUGUUCUUAUUUUCAAGCUUUAUAUAUAAACUAGUAUCAACAUCAAUAGCAAAAAUUACCCUAUUCAUCUUUUUUGUACACAUGCAUUAACAGUAACACUCAGAAUACACACUUU